AUGGAGGCUAGCGCCAAGAAGGUCAUGCUGAGGGACGAGAUCACGGAUGCCACCGCGGCCGCAUUCGCCGGCUCCACCGUCAUCCCCGACAGGUACGUUUGGCCCGACGAGACCGCCGGGUGGGGCAACACUGUCGUCGGAGACGAAGAGAGCCUCAAGCUUAUCCCCGUCCUAGACAUGGCCAGCCUGCUGGAUGGGUCACCAGAGGAGAUCGCCAAGCUUGGCGCUGCAUGCCGGGACUGGGGUUUCUUCCAGCUAAGAAACCAUGGCGUCGACGAGACGGUUGUGGAGCGUGUGAAGGAUAGCACCCGAGAGUUCUUCAGGUUGCCUCUAGAGAAGAAGAAAGCAGUGGGGAUCGUCAAGGCGGAAGAUGGCUUCCAAGGGUUUGGUCACCACUUCAACACGUCCAUGGGUAAACUGGACUGGGCAGAGAGUCUGCUCCUCGGAACGCAGCCAAUGGGACACAGAAACAUGGACCUGUGGCCUACUGAGCUGCCAACAUUUAGGGAUGGAGUUGAGAAGUACUCCCUAGAGAUGACCAAGUUGAAAAGCCUUCUCAUGGCGUCCAUGGCCAUUGACCUUGGGAUCAAACCAGAGACGCUCCUCGACACGGUCCAGGGUAAGAUCCAGAACAUCGUGUUCCACCACUACCCUCCGUGCCGGCACAACGCCGAUAAGGUGAUCGGCAUCCCACCGCACACGGACGGCCUCUUUUUGACGAUAGUCCUGGAGGUGGACGCCACGCCUGGCUUACAGGUUAGCAAUGGCGGCAGGUGGUUCCCUGUGCGGCCAUUGCCGGGGUCCCUAACCGUCUUCGUCGGUGACAUCCUCGAGGUCCUCACCAACGGCAGGUACAAGAGUGUCGAACACAGGGUGCUCGUCGAUGCCGAGAGAGACCGAACCACCAUCGCCACAUUCCAAGAUGCAUGCGUCGCCGGGAUGGUGAAACCGCUCCCCAAGCUUGCGGAGGUGGCACGGUACAUUUCUAUUGAGAAACACGACUACGUGCAUCGCCAGUUUCAGGCACUGACUGAAAGGGCAAACAUUGUCGAUAGCCUCAAGAUAUAG